CGUAGUGUUGCCCCGGUGUCGAUGUUUUAUUCCAGCAAUUUCCUCACAUUUGAGAUCUUGAACGGGUUUUUAAUGCAGUUGGCGCCAUAUAAUUAAUCUUUGUAAUAACUACAUGUGACUGUCGUUUUAAUUAAAGCAUUAAUUAGGUACUGCCCUCUUAGCGCAGCAGGAAGUUGGAGUUAUUUACAUCAGUUGUUCAUGUUUAGGUUCCUGGAAACGACUCCGCAUCAGCGAUGUUAAAAUACACGAUACAAACACCCGGACUCGUGAUUUUACUCGGUUUAUUUUUCGGGAAUUUCACAUGGGGAUGGUUUCAAAACAACGUGAAGAAACACGAGCAUGUUUACACAGAGACUUCAGACAGCGAGGACCAGAGCUGCUUAUGUCAUUUAACAGGUGUCUUGGACGACUGUUUCUGUGACAUUGAGAGCAUUGACGUCUUCAACAACUUCAAAAUUUAUCCUCGCAUUCGCAAGCUCACAGAAAGAGACUUCUUUCGAUACUACAAGGUGAACCUGAAGCGACCGUGUCCGUUUUGGCCUGACGAUGGCCAAUGCUCCAUCAAAGACUGUCACGUAGAGCCAUGUCCAGAGAGCAAAGUCCCCGUGGGAAUUAAAUCCGGCAACUACAACAAGUACGCUCAGGCUGGCAACAACAUGGAUAACAUCAUAGAGUGUGAACAGGCGCAUGAAUUGGGUGCCAUUAACAGCACACUGAGUAAUCAGAGUAAAGAAGCGUUUGCAGACUGGGCUCACCAUGACGAUGCUCAGGACCAUUUCUGUGGGUUAGAUGAUGAGAUGUCUCCUGAAUCCGAGUAUGUGGAUCUGCUGUUGAAUCCAGAGAGAUACACGGGAUAUAAAGGACCAUCAGCCUGGAGAGUGUGGAACAGCAUUUAUGAAGAAAACUGCUUCAAGCCAAGAUCAGUGUAUCGUCCCCUCAAUCCUUUGGCUCCCAGUCGAGGUGAUGAUGAUGGUGAAGGAUUCUACAAGUGGCUUGAAGGUCUGUGUUUGGAGAAGAGAGUUUUCUAUCGUCUGAUCUCCGGUCUGCACAGCAGCAUUAACAUCCACCUGUGUGCUGAAUACCUGCUGGAUGAGGGUUGGGGCAAAUCAGUUUGGGGUCCAAACGUCCAUGAGUUCCGUCAGCGGUUCGACCCGGCAGAGACGAAGGGCGAGGGCACUCGGCGCCUGAAGAACCUGUACUUCCUGUACCUUAUCGAGCUGAGAGCGCUGUCUAAAGUAGCUCCGUACUUCGAGCGCACCUUCAUCAAUCUGUACACAGGAAACAGAGAAGAGGACACGACGACCAAAGAUCUGCUGCUGGAGAUACUCAACGAGACCAAAACGUUCCCAAUGCACUUUGACGAGAGCUCCAUGUUUGCUGGACACAAAAUAGAGGCAAAAAUAUUAAAGGAGGAGUUCAGACUUCAUUUUAAAAACAUCUCUCGUAUCAUGGACUGUGUCGGCUGCAGUAAAUGUCGACUUUGGGGAAAGUUACAGACUGAGGGUCUGGGCACGGCUCUCAGGAUUCUCUUCUCUGAGAAAGAAAUCAAGAAUCUUCCAGAAAACAGCCCGUCAAAGGGCUUCCAGCUCACACGACAGGAGAUUAUAGCUCUACUCAACGGAUUCUCCAGACUUUCCACCAGUAUAAAAGAGUUGCACAACUUCCGAAUGCUUCUGAAGGAUCAUAGGUAACACACCUCCAGGCCACCAGGUGGCACCAGCCCAGUGGACUCUGCAAUGGUCUUAUCCGCCCCAGACAAAUUCCUCUCUCAGGGACUGCAGGACCGUUGUCUGCAGAACCCUUUUACUCUAGAUCACAUCAAGCCCUUCUGCUCAGUUUCCACACUGCGAGAGUUAAAAAAACUGACUCAUAAUCACUCAAAACAGCAGCUUUCAGCUCCGAAAACUUCGGAUUUUACGCUUUGACUUUAGAUGUGCAGGCUUUACAUGUCUCUGUAUGUGCGAACAGAUUUCAGACUUCUCGUUUUCUUCGUCAUCUCUGACCGAUUAGACGGUUCAUGUCUUCAGUUCACAAAGCGCUGGUGUUUCUUCCCUCGUUCGCUUGUUUGUAUAUUUGAUGGUUGGUCUUUGUGUCCAGGUUAGUUUCUGUCAGUUACAAUGGUAAUUACAUUUUCUUCUUUUCUUUCAGAACAGUUAAAGAACUUGUGUUUUAAUAAUUUUGCGUGUCCCUGAAAUCUGUGCGUUUAAUGCGUUAGCUGCAUGCAUUUGUCUUACAGACAUUCCUAAUCCAUAAAUGAAGAUUUUUAUGUUUAAGGGACCAUAGAAUUUAGUUAAAGCAUUAGUUCACACAAAAAUUAUUUACUCACCCUCAUGUUGUUUCAAACCUGAAUGACUUUUCAAAUCUGACAUUUUUUCCAAAGAUGACAAAAAAAAACGCCAAAAAAGCUUUAGCAUCGUUCCAUGUCAACUUAACCAGAGGUCCCGGCUCAAAAUGUUUAUAAUUUUUUUCUGGUGAAAAAAAUGCAUAAAUGAAGAUGAAAGCCAAAAUAUUAAAUGCCAUGGACAAAUAUUUACUCACUAAUCCGCUAUUUUAUAGAGGCCGGUCAAAAUGGCGAUUUUUCACCAAUGAUUUUGGAGCAAAACCACAGAUCAAAAAAAUAACUUCAGAAAGGUGGCAGCAUCA